AAUGUGAAACAGAAACAGAAAGAGUAACACGUUUACAGCUUUACAACGUGUUAAAUACGGUAUGUGGAUAAUUAUAAUUAAUUUAUAAAGAUCUUUAAUUGAACGAUAUAUUUUCGUAAAUACACCAUCUUGGAUUUGUUGGCUGCACGCCGUCCAGGACCUUUACAACAGUCACAUAGCUCAGAUUUUGAUCCAUUUGGCCGCAACAGCAAUAACACCGGGAGAUGGGUCAGCUGAACGCACUUCGCUGGACCGCGGAGGGGUUCUGACCCGCCGUGCGAUCCGGCUGCCCGGUUGUAAUAUCGGUUGCAUUCAGCGGAGGAGUUUGACAUGUCUGGCGCAGGGGUCGUGGUAGGGACGCAGUCUGCGGGGCUGGGCGCUGCCGCCGCGGGCUGCUGCUCCUCCUCGUCGGGCGCCGGUUCUGCCGCAUUAUUAGGCUGUGUGUCAGGCAUGGCGGGUCGGUUACUCAGCAGAGUUCUCGAGCAUAUAUUCUCCUAUCUUGAGCUGGCGGAUCUCAUGAACUGCUCGCUCGUUUGCUGGCACUGGUACAACUGUCUGGCGGAUGAAAACAGCGAGGUGUGGCGGAGUCUGUGCGCCCGCUUGCUCAGUGAAGAAGCGCUGCGCUCCGAUAUUCUCUGCAACCUGCCUUCAUACAAAGCAAAACUGAAGUCCUUCCAGCACGCUCUGAGCUCCCAUGACUGCUCUAGAAAUGUAUAUAUCAAGAAAAACGGGUUUACUCUGCACCGCAACCCCAUCGCCCAAAGCACCGAUGGUGCCCGUGGGAAGAUUGGCUUCACGGAGGGCCGGCAUGCCUGGGAGGUCUGGUGGGAAGGUCCUCUUGGGACGGUGGCGGUGAUCGGCAUCGCAACCAAGAGGGCUCCCAUGCAAUGCCAGGGCUAUGUGGCGCUUCUAGGCAGCGAUGACCAGAGCUGGGGAUGGAAUCUAGUUGACAAUAACCUGCUUCACAAUGGAGAGGUCAACGGCAACUUCCCCCAGUGCAACAACGCACCAAAAUACCAGAUCGGGGAGAGAAUACGUGUAAUCCUAGACAUGGAUGAUAAGACACUAGCCUUUGAACGAGGUUUUGAGUUCCUUGGAGUGGCGUUCCGUGGGCUCCCCAAAACAUGCCUGUUUCCCGCUGUGUCAGCCGUCUAUGGGAACACUGAAGUGACUAUGGUGUAUCUGGGAAGACCCCUGGAUGGAUAAGUAUUAGAACCGGAGAGCAUCACGACAACUGCUGUUGACUUACAUAAGACUAGUAAAAAAAAAUGGGGAAAUGGUUGGUUUGGUGGCAGGCUUGCUGAUGAUGAGGAUGUCCAACACACAUCUGCGGAUUUCAGUUGAACAUCUAUUUGCUUUUAAUCCUUUUUUGAAGACCUGGGACAUUUUUUGAACCUGGUUUUAAUCUAAUUUAUGAAAUUGCACAGGGAGCAGCUUUUCUAUUUUAUGAAUUGUUAAGCCAAAUUAGAAGAGACAAAGUUUUCUGAUUCAUUACAACCAUUUUUUAACACAACACGUGGAAUGAGAAGAUACUGUAUCUGUACAAGGAUGGCUCAAGUUUUCACACACAAGAACAUUUUUAUUUUUAAAGACAGGCAAAGGUAGUAUGUCAUUAUUCCAUUUGUUACUGUACAUCGUAACUGUAGAAGUAUAUAGUAUUUAUUUAUUGAGGUCUAUCUUUGCUAUAACUGAGGUUAUGGAGAUUACAAAUAAACUCUAAAUAGUUCCGGACUGUGAACGUAUAUCA